GGUGUGCGUUCCAGACAACUGGGAUGUGCGUGUAUGUUUGUGUGUGUGUGUCCGUCCCGGAUGCUUGGGUUCUGCCUGUGUGUGUGUGUGUGUGUGUGUGUGUGUCUGACUGUAGCUGUGUGUGUAUGUAUCCCAGAUGCCUAGGUUCUGUGCAUGUGUGAUGUGUGUAAGUGCCCUGGAUGCCUGGGUUGUGUGUGUGUGUGUACACGUGUGUGUGUCUCUGACAUUAGCUAUGUGUGUAUGUAUCCCAAAGGCCUAGGUUCUGUAUGUGUGCAAUGUGUGCAAGUGUCCUGGACGCCUGGGUUCUGUGAGUGCAUGCGUGUGUGUGUGUCCUGAAACCCUUUAUCACCUCCGCAGCAACCCUCCCUCCCCAACCCCCCUCCAAAACCCAAAGCUGCCUCCCAUCCGCUGUCACUUCCCCUUCUGCAGUCACCAGCUCCCGUAAGUCCAGCACUGAGCGCCAUGGACCCCCUGGCCCUGCUCCUCUGCCUAAGUGCAGCGCUGGCGUCCUGCCACGGGUUCAACGUGGACGUGGAUGGACCCAUCUCCUUCCAGGAGGCAGCUGUUGGGUUCGGGCAGAGCCUGGCAAUGAGCGCACAGGCUGGGGGGCUGUUUGUGGGGGCCCCGCUCCACCGAGGGGGCAUAAAUGACACCGGCCGAGUCUACAAGUGUGACCCGCGGGCCCAGACGUGCCAGCAGAUCCGCAUCCCGCGGCCCCCUGACGCUGUGGACAUGUCUCUCGGGCUGUCUCUGGCAGCCACCGACUCCCAGGUCCUGGUGGGUACCAGCACCCGACAAGUGUGUGGUUGUCAGCAACAGGCCCCCAGAGGGUAACUGGGCUUUGUCCUUACCAUCCUUCGCCCCUUCCCAGAAUGCCCCAAACGCCAGACGGACAUUGUCUUCCUCAUCGAUGGCUCGGGCAGUGUCAACGACGUUGACUUUAACAGGAUGAAGAGGUUCAUCAUUGAGGUCAUCGACCGUUUCGAGAGCACCGAUACCCAGUUUGCCCUGGUCCAGUUCUCCUCCAGCUUCCGGGUCCAUUUUGACUUCAACUCCUUCAAGAGGACAUCAAACGUGGAGACCCUGGUGUGGGACGUCAUGCAGCUCCACGGGGGGACCUAUACAGCCAGUGCCAUCCGCAAAGUGGUGAGGGACGUGUUUGUAUCAGAUCAAGGGGCCCGGGCCAGUGCCACCAAGAUUCUCAUCGUGAUCACGGAUGGGGAGAAGACGGAGGGAUUGAGGUACAGGGAUGUCAUCCUUCAGGCAGAGAGAGCUGGGAUCGUGCGCUACGCCAUCGGGGUUGGCAAGGCCUUCUCGAGCCCAGGAGCCCAGAUGGAGUUGAACGAAAUUGCCUCGGACCCAGAUACGGAGCACGUCUUCCAAGUCAACAAUUUUGAUGCCCUGCAGGGCCUCCAGAGCCAGCUGCAGGAGAAGAUCUUUGCCAUUGAAGGCACCCAGUCCCAGAGGGGCAGCUCCUUCCAGCUGGAGAUGUCCCAAGAGGGUUUCAGUGCCCUGCUCUCUCCUGAUGGGCCUAUACUGGGGGCAGUUGGCGCCUAUGACUGGUCUGGGGGGCUCUUCCUCUACGAGGCCAUUGGGGAAGCAGCCUUCAUCAACGUGUCCACAACCAGCGGGGACAUGAAAGAUGCCUACCUCGGCUAUGCGGUCCAGCGGGUGACCUCCAAGAAGCGCUGGGGCUAUGUGGUGGGGGCACCACGAUACCAGCAUGUGGGAAAGGUGGUGCUGUUCUACCGGGACCCCCAGAGUGAGGCCUGGAGGGCCGAGGCAGAGAAGACUGGGGAUCAGAUUGGCUCAUACUUCGGGGGCUCCCUCAGCACCAUGGAUGUGGAUGGAGAUGGCAACACCGACCUCAUCCUCAUUGGAGCCCCCAUGUACUAUGGGGAGGGAAGUGGGGGCCGUGUCUUUGUCUACCCCAUCCCAGCAGAGAGGGCGCCGCUGCGGUGUGACGGGGUGCUGCGGGGGCAGGGGGGCCAGCCCCUGGGGCGCUUCGGGGCCAGCCAGGGGGCGCUGGGGGACGUGGAUGGCGAUGGCCGCGCCGACCUGGCCGUGGGGGCCCCCCUGGAGGACGGUGCCCAUGGGGCCCUCUACAUCUUCCGCGGGCAGCAGCGCCACCUGCGCAACCAGCCCAGCCAGCGCAUCACGGGGACCCAGGUGUCCAGGGGACUGUGGGCGCUCGGCCUGACGCUGAGUGGGGGCAUGGACCUGACAGGUGACGGCCUGAAGGACAUCGCCGUGGGUGGCCGUGGGCAGGUGCUGCUGCUGCGGUCACGCCCGGUGCUGCAAGCAGCCGUGACCGUGACCUUCGCCCCGACCACAAUCCCAGUGACUGCCUUCGACUGCCAGGGCCGGGAGCAGCUGGACACCGAGGCUGCCACCACCCGCAUCUGCUUCAGCCUCCGCCUGAGCCUUGGCCAGCGCUUCCAGGGUGGUUCCAGCUGGGGCCCCUUCCACUAUGAGCUGGCACUGGACCCCGGGCGGAUACGGGUCCGCGCUGCCUUCAAUCCUCCCCUGCCUGCACAGUCCCUGUCACUGCCUGUCAGUCUCCAUACCAAGUGCCAGGAGUACCGUGUCCGGCUGCCUGUCUGCCCUGAAGACACCCUGACACCCAUCACCCUGCGCCUGACCUACAACCUGACUGGGAUCCCCAUCCCCGGUGGCGGCCUCACCCCCAUCCUGGCUGAGGACACGGAGACGACAGUUGUAGCCUCGCUCCCGUUUGACAAGAACUGUGGCAGUGACAACAUCUGCAUGGACGACCUGCAAAUCGCCUUCAAUUUCUCGGGCCUGAGCACCCUGGUGGUGGGUGACACCCGAGACCUCCAGAUCAUGAUCCGGGUCCACAACCUCGGGGAGGACUCUUACGGUGCCACCCUGCGACUCCUCCACCCAGCGGUGCUGUCCUACCGCAAGGUCCAGGUGCUCCAGGCCAGCAGGGGGGGUGUGGCUGUGCGCUGCAGCUCGCCGCUGGGGGGCCAGGCGGAACCGCAACGGAACAGCACCUGCCUCGUGGGCCCACCUAUCUUCCGUGCUGGCACCCAGGUCGUCUUCGCCACCACCUUGGACGUGCCUGCCACGGCUGAACUGGGCGACCACCUGCAGAUCUUGGCCACCACCCACAGUGACAACCGUGGCCCCGGGAGCGAGGGCAAGAGCCAGAGCGUGGAGCUGCCCGUCAAGUACGCCAUCCACAUCAUCGUCACUGGUAGUGAGACUUCAACCAAGUAUGUGAAUAUCUCCAGCAAUGAGGAGGGGGCCAGCAGGGUGGUGACUCACAGGUACCAGGUCCAGAACCUCCGCCAGCGCAGCCCCCCUGUGUGGGUGACCUUCGAGUUCCCCGUGGCCAUGAAUGGGGCCCCCCUGUGGGUCGCUGAGGUCAUCCCCUCCCAGCCAAUCAACUGCUCUGACCUGUCUGGGAUGCCUGGGACCAAGGACGUGAGAAAGGAGAUGGAGAAGAGCCCCCUGCUGAGUUGUGCUGUGGCCACCUGCCGGCGGGUGCGGUGUGAGGUCCCAGCCCUGCACAUGGAGCAGCCCCUGGAGUUCAUCCUGACCGGCAACGUGACCUUUGGUUGGUUCUCCCAGACGGGGCUGGACAAGGUGACACUGGCGAGCGCGGCCGAGGUGGGCGCAGACCCAAGGCGCUUCCACCAGCAGGGAGCGGCGCAGUUCCAGGUGCAGACAGUGCUGGAGCGCAUCGGCACCUACAACUAUCUGCCCGUCAUCCUGGGCAGCUCCAUCGGGGGCCUCAUCCUAUUGGCUGUCAUAACUGCCGCUCUCUACAAGGGGAAGAUGGGCGAGGGCUAA